AUGAUAUCAAGAAGUGCUUCCGAAACACCUGCAAUAAGAGGUGGAUCAUUUACCCCAGGACCAAGCCAUAUGAAUAGUUCGAUUACGUGGGUCAAAGAUUGGUAUAUUCCCGAGAUAACUAACACAUCAUUUCAGAACAAUGGAGGUAGUUUUGAACCUCAAAGUAUAAAAUUGAAGGGAUGGCACAGAACUAGUGUUGAUUCGAACAAUAAUCCGGCUGUGAAAUUUGAUUCUGAUGAUACGUUGGACUUAAAUAACUGGAAGUACUAUAAAGUAGUGGCAAUUACGAACCAUUCAGAAGAUGAAGGCGUCGCAGAAAAUAGUAAUGGUGAAGGUGAUAUUGCAUCGAAAGAUGAAUUAAGUUCAGCCUUGAGCAUCAAAAAUAAGGAUGAAGAAAUUGUUUCAUUAUCGGGCAUUACAGACACCUAA